GGGGCCAAAAGACAGCCAAGGUACUAAUAACAGGAUACUAGAGAGUAGAGACGCCGAUGUGUGUGUUCUGCUAGAACUGAUCAUGGCAAGCAGAGCAUUAAAAUUUGGCUCACAUUUAAAAGAGCUAAGAAUUCACUUGUGCCAAACUUCAAACGCAAGCAAGGGAGUUAGGGAUUUUGUCGAAAAUUAUUACGUUGGACUAAAGAACAGUAAUCCAAAAUUUCCAAUCCUCAUAAGGGAAUGUAGCGGUGUUCAACCUAGAUUGUAUGCGAGAUAUGAAUUUGGAAAAGAAAGCUGUGUUUCACUAACAAAUCUUAAAGCAGAAGAUGUAAUCAAACAAAUUGAACAGCUAGCCCAGAAAUAGACAUCUAAGAUGAAAAAAUUUGUUGUGAUAUUUGUAGAUGAUUAUUAAUUUUUUAAAGAAUAGAUAUUAAAGUAUAACCUGUACAUAUUUGUGAAAAAUCUUUCAUUCAUUUGUACAUACUAGAAAAUUUUAAUCGCUGCCUCAUUUCAGAUUAAAAGUGUAUUGCUGAUAUAUUUAUUCACAAUGUGUGAUGAAAAUAACAUACCUUUCUUGUAUGGGCAAUAGGAAUGUAAAAUUGCUUGCAAGUAUCAUUGCAAAAUAUAUUAUGUGGAGGACAUGCAGAUUAAAAUAAGAGAACUGGACAACAUAAUAUGUAGAAACUUGUAAAAAUGAACACUCCCUACAUUAAGGAAAGCUGCAGAGUUACUGUUUCUGAAGAUGUAGUAAUCAAGCUUGGUUUCAUUGAGGCACCUCAAAGUAUACUUCAUUUUGAGGCACAUAUAUUGCUGCAUUUGCAUUACGGUACACCAUGUGAUUUUGAACUUGGUAUGCAUGCAUAAAAUAGACUCGUAGUAGAGUAGGCCAAAGGGAAAUUUGUUGUGUAAUUAUAUAUGAUUUAAUUGUCCUGUGGUAAGUUUUUGAUAGGGCUAUUGGCUAUUGGAGAAGUCAGUGCACACAGACAAAAAUAUGCAUUUUGUAGAACAUAUAGAGUAUAAAAAAUUACCUAGCUCUACAGCAUAAGCAUUGGUUCUACUAUUCAUUUUUGUUAAAAUUGUCUCUGUAUAUCUUUAUAAGUUGUUUUGAGCUACUAAAACACAAAAUAAAGCAAACUGUUACUGUUUCUAUUGAACUGAUCUAAAGUCAUCUUUUGGUUUACUGACAUCAGGCUGCCAGUUUCUGAAGACACACUCGAAUGCAAGCGGAGAUUAAUUGUAAUUAGCAGCUGAAGUAUUUGGAAAAAUAAAGAUAAAUACCGGGUACCUUAAUCGUCUAUUAUCUAAUAUUUAUUACCAUGUUUCCUAGUUGUCAAGUAAGUUUUUAUGGUUUAGUAAACUGUAUGAAGCCUUGCUGUUAACCAUUUUCAUGUCCAUUGCUGAUAUUUUGAAUACCUCUAUGUAGUGGUGGUAAUCAUGUUACUUUUAGGAACACAGUUGUUUCACAUAUGUAUAAAAUGUGUGCAUUUUUAUUGCAAUCAAUUCAUAAAGGCUGAGUCAGACAUAAAUUUCCAAUAUCGCGCUUCACUUUCCCAUAAUCUGAGUAUUGUGUUGUGCAGCGUUUUGUUGUUCAUUGCUAUAGACCAAAAUAAAAUUACCUAGGGCAAUUGUUUAUGAA